CCUCACCUCUCGACACAAAACCUUCUCCCUCUCUUCUCUUCGACGGGAUCUUGAUAUACAACCGAUUUCUCAAGAAAGCCGGUCUCAUAGAUCUUUUCCACACCCUCAAAAAGUCUUCGAAUUCAUAAAAAAUCGUCAUCAUGGUGGGGCUUGGUCCAAGAAAGCCGCCUUCCCGAAAGGGUACGUAUCAGUGUUUCUUUGCUCUAUUGAUGGUGCUGCUGUCGAAGCGAGAAUGAGGGCAUUCGGGAUUCGGAGCCUUUCUCCCCCUCUCCGAUGGAUGUCAUUAUCUUUGUUGCUACGCAUCUUCGCGAACUCUGCUUUUUUGCUUUUCCACCUUGCACUUUUUACCCCGCGGUCAACAAACAGCAACACCACCACUUCAACCGAUCUCUGUUUGCAAUUACCACACUCUCAGCAAGCUGUAAUUGCACCAUGGACAUUCAAUCACCCCACAGCCAAAAGAAUAGCAGCAAUACAGGUUAUGAAUUUCAAGCUUUCUGCAUGUCGUCACUUUCAAACUCCACCCCUGUUAAACUUCGGAUACCUGUGGACCAGACAAGCCGAUCUUUGUGUCUCUUGCCAGAAAUUCAGAGUUCGGAUUGCUGCUUGUUUGCUUUAAAUGGCGAUGUGUUCUUUGGCAAUGUUGACGCGCGAUUCAAUGUUUGCUUUUGAUCUAAUCAAUCAAAAAAAGCAAGCAGGCUUGGUCCUUCAUCACGUGGGGAUGGGUUCUUCUUGUCAUUUUGUGCUGGCUAUUUUCCCUCUUAUGCAAAGCGCUUUCCUACAUGAUUGAGAAUGGUUGGGAAUGAUUCUACUGACAUUCAACCCCAGGUUCGAUGGCAGACGUCCCAAAGGACUUGGUCAAUGAAAUCAAGAGACUUGAGGAGUUGUUCACCGUCCCCAAGGAGAAAUUGAAGAGCAUCACGGACCACUUCAUUAGCGAACUCGAUAAAGGUACGUCUAACUUUCACCAGUUUUUCAGUUCAGCCUCUCUAAUGAGAACCAGGUCUUAGUGUCGAGGGCGGUAGCAUUGUAAGUUGGCAUACUCGACCACUUCAACCGUGGCCGGCGCUAACCGAAAAAUAGCCUAUGAACCCAACUUGGUGCAUGUCCUUCCCAACUGGAGACGAAACUGGAACUUUUUUGGCUCUUGAUAUGGGUGGAACUAACCUGAGAGUUUGCGAAAUCAUCUUGACUGAUCAGAAAUCCGAAUUUGACAUCAUCCAAUCAAAAUACCGUAUGCCAGAAGAACUAAAGACCGGAGAGUCUGAGGAACUUUGGGAGUACAUUGCGGAUUGUCUUCAGCAAUUCAUUGAGUAUCACCAUCCAGAUGAGGACUUGGAAAAGCUAAACCUAAACCUUGGAUUUACCUUCUCCUACCCCGCCACUCAAGAUUACAUAGACCACGGUGUUCUUCAACGUUGGACUAAGGGUUUCGAUAUUGCUGGUGUCGAGGGUGAAAAUGUUGUUCCUAUGUUCGAGGCUGCCAUUGCCAAGAGAGUAAGUUGUAUCUCGAAACUUUCCAAAUCCAGAUCUAACCUGAUUCUAGGGUGUUCCUAUCAAACUUACCGCUCUCAUCAACGACACCACUGGUACUUUGAUUGCCUCGGCAUACACUGAUACCAAGAUGAAGAUUGGUUGCAUUUUUGGUACUGGUUGCAACGCAGCUUAUAUGGAGAACUGCGGAUCGAUUCCAAAGAUUGCCCACCUCAACCUCCCACCUGACACUCCAAUGGCAAUUAACUGUGAAUGGGGUGCAUUCGACAACGAGCACAAGGUUUUGCCAAGAACACCAUACGAUAACAUUGUUGACAAAGACUCCCCACGUCCAGGUCAACAAGCUUUUGAGAAGAUGAUUGCUGGUCUUUAUCUUGGAGAAAUCUUCCGUCUCGUCUUGGUUGACCUCCAUGAGAACAAGGAUAUUCACAUUUUCCAAGGUCAAAACAUUGACAAGCUUCGCAAGGCAUAUACAUUGGAUUCCUCCUUCCUUUCCUUGGUUGAAGAGUAAGUCUUUUGCUUCACAACAUCCUUUCUAAAGCUAACAUAAGCCAAGGGACCCAUUUGAGAACUUGUCUGAGACAGCUGACCUGUUCUCCACUAAACUCCUCAUCUCCGCCAACCGACCAGAACUUGAGCUCAUUCGUCGCCUCGCAGAACUCAUCGGUACCCGCGCUGCUCGCCUCUCCGCCUGUGGUGUCUCUGCAAUCGCCAAGAAAAAGAAUUACAAGACCUGCCACGUUGGAGCUGAUGGAUCCGUCUUCAAUAAAUACCCUCACUUCAAGUCUCGUGGUGCUCAAGCUAUGCGUGAGAUUCUCGACUGGCCUGCGAAGAAGAGCCCCAAGGAGGAAGAUCCCAUCGAGAUCCUGGCUGCCGAGGAUGGUUCUGGUGUUGGGGCUGCUCUCAUCGCGGCUCUGACUCUGAAGCGUGUCAAGGAGGGUAACAUGGCUGGUAUUUUGCACCCUGAGAACUUCAAGUCAUAGAUGGUCGCAUUUUGGCAAUUUCUUGUUGCUUGGAAGUAACAUCUGCUCUUAGAUCCGAGGGCUUGGUAGCGUAUCUCGUGGCCUCUGAAAGUCGCUUAUGAUGUGUAAAUGACUGGGAGAAUUGGUCAAGAUAAGCUGAGA